AUGGCUUUGGGUUUCUUGUUGUGGUGGUUUUUUUCCAGCAUACAGGGAGAGCUGGAUGCUGAAGCUGAAAAAAUGAGGGUAUCCCAGCAGGACUUAGUUGCAGUUAAUGAAUCUGUUUACACCCCUGAUUCUGAUGUAACUUCACCUGCUAUCAACAGAAAUCUCAUCCAGAAGGCUGGCUACCUUAAUCUUAGAAAUAAAACAGGUCUGGUGACUACAACUUGGGAAAGACUGUAUUUCUUCACUCAAGGUGGCAACUUGAUGUGUCAGCCAAGGGGAGCAGUAGCUGGAGGAUUGAUUCAGGACCUGGACAACUGCUCUGUUAUGGCUGUAGACUGCGAAGACAGAAGAUACUGCUUUCAGAUCACUACUCCUACAGGCAAAGCGGGUAUAACCCUUCAAGCAGAAAGCAAGAAAGAAUACGAGGAGUGGAUAUGUGCCAUCAACAACAUCUCCAGACAGAUCUAUCUCACUGACAACCCAGAGGCAGCUGCAAUCAAGUUAAAUCAGACAGCCCUACAAGCAGUGACUCCCAUUACCAGCCUUGGGAAAAAACACGAAGUUCACCACCCCAGCCAGAAUGUAAAAAAUAUGGAAAAUGAUAAAAUAAUUCCCAAUGAAUCAGCUGGCAUUCAAGACUCCACACAACUCAUUGCUCCUGGAACACCGAUUCAAUUUGAUAUCGUACUGCCUGCCACAGAAUUCCUGGACCAGAACAGAGGUGGCAGGCGUGCAAAUCCAUUUGGGGAAUCUGAAGACAGCAGCAAAGAUGAGGAGGAAGAUUCACUCUUGCAGCAGAUGUUCGUAGUUCGGUUUUUAGGAUCUAUGGCUGUUCAGUCAGAUGACACAAGUGAGGUGAUUUAUGAAGCUAUGAGACAAGUGUUAGCUGCUCGUGCCAUUCACAACAUAUUCCGUAUGACUGAAUCCCAUCUCAUGGUCACCAGCAAGAACUUAAGGUUAAUAGAUCCUCAAACCCAAGUUACACGAACAAGUUUUGAACUCGCCACUGUGACACAGUUUGCUGCUCAUCAGGAUAACAGGCGACUGAUUGGCUUUGUGGUCCAUCUCAGUGAGACGCUGGGAGAAGAAUCUAUGAGCGCAUAUAUUUUUGAGAGCAACACAGAAGGGGAAAAGAUUUGCUAUGCCAUUAGCUUGGGAAAAGAAAUCAUUGAGGCACAGAAGGACCCAGAAGCAUUGGCUCAGCUAAUGAAGUCUGUGCCACUAACAAAUGAUGGAAAGUUCAUGCUUCUGAAUGAUCAGUCAGAAGAGGAUGGAACCGUGCAUGAAGAAGGGGAGGAGUCAGAAGCGUAA